GUCAGUAUAAGCGAUAAUCUUACACAGAAAAUAUAAAAAAUAAAACAAACAUAAAUACCAAACACAACAGCUUUCAUCAUGGUAAAAAAGAAUACAGAAGCACCUUCAGGACCCAAGGCGGUGUCGGAAUGGGCAAUGAUCUCCGCAAGCGAGGCUUAUGAUCAGGAGGUCAAGUACUUGGCCCGCCUGGCCGAUGUCUCUGUUAGUGCCGAAUUGGUAAAGAGUGCCGACAGGGACUUUUAUCAACAGGAAAUAGCCCGUGCUAAGGCCGAGGAGUGGGAUCACUUCCUGCGCUGCGAUGGACUGCCUCGUCCAAACCGUCCCGUCGAGGUGCGGACAUUUAUUGCCAAGAUGCGGCACUUUGACGAGAUCGAGUCCAAUUCUUCCUUGGACUGGACCCUUUCGGUGGACGAUCGUUCGGUCUUGAACCAGAACAUUUUCCGGGUGGACAAGACGCGCCGCGUGGUCGAGCUCACCAAGGAUAGUCCUGGGACAUAUUACGACGCAAAUGUGCGGAUGUGCCUGGACACCUUGAAGCAAAUGGACGUCAUGCUGGACAACGAGGCGGAGAUGGAUCAUUUGACCAAGGCUCAGCAAAACGCAAUCAUGGAUGUUUACACCGAGGUCCAGUUUGAAAUAGAACAGCUCCUAAACCGCCUCGCGUAUCGGGUGUUGAAAAUGCAAGGCUCCUAUAUGGACUCUGAGGAUGGCAGGAUAGCCUACUGGAGUUUCAAGGGUAAUCGGUGGGAAAUGGAUUUGUGGGGUCUGCGAAACGUGCCCAUCCGCUUCAAGCAUUUGGACCUGCCUGUGAUGCUGGCCAAAAUGAAGGCCUCGGGCGUUGAGGUUCAGAUACCGACGUCUGUGCUCUCGGAUUGUCUCACCCUUCGCUGUGUGCACACUGAUUUCGACAAUGUCUCGCAUAAGGCCAAGAGCUUCGAUCCGGCAGUCAUUGAUUCGGCUAACUAUCCCAAUGCCGGAAUUGUGGAUAUUCUGGAGUCGAUCCAGAACGAGUGGGCGAUGCAGGAGGAAAUCAGGUCCGAUACGUUGGCUAUCUUGGAGAAUAGGCGGGUGGAGUACGAGGAAACUAUGCGGUUAAUCGCGGAGAGGACUGAGCAAGCUGCUAAGGCCGCCAAGCAAAAUAGUGGCAAUGAAUCCAAAAUCAAUAUCAUAAUUCCAAAAACUCCAAAGGAGCCGCUGGCGGUACAGCCGGGUAUGGUCCCGGACGUCUACAAGGAUUUCAUUAAAAUGGAGGAAAAAGAGUAUGCGGGGUUUCUGGACGAAAUCUAUCAUCCGAGGCACUUGGAAAUGCGCGAAUUCGAGAUUAAUCUCCGUGAGUGCAUUAUGCUAGGUGGCAUCUUUUCGGUUUUGGUCAUCCGAAGGCCCGAACAAACCCAGUUCGAGAAGUUCAACAUCAUCCAGCACGAGGAUGGCCGUGUUCUGUUCACGAUGCCCAACUUGAAGACGAAUGUGGAGUCCGAAAGACGAUCGAGUGUCGCGCGGACGACUGUGGAAGACUAUCGCGACUCGAGCUUCAAGCUGGCGGAGGACGAUCUGCCAUACUUCAUCGUCACGCUGCAGCUUCCCGCCGAUCUGUGCAAGUGGAGCCAGCCGCAGGUGUGCCAGUUUAUAAGCGAGAAGGAGAUAUCGAGGCAUCACUCCCGUCUUAGACCCAGUGGAUCCGAUUAUAUAAGUCCCAUCAGAACCAGCCAGCCUAGGGGCAAUUCGAUUUUGAGUCAAUCCUCAAAGCAAACGAGCAUAUGGGGCUCGGUUGAACUCUCGAAUAUCUUUCGGCCCUCCAUUCGAUCCUUGCUCCGGCAUAGCAAGUUCGAGGAAGAUAAGACAAACGUGUUUUCCUUGGACAAUUUUAGCUUGCUGAAGCCGCUGGAACACGAUGAAACAAGGAAACUGCAGCGCCUCUGCAUUCCCCGGAUCAUCUCGUCCUUUAAGCUGCCUCGCGAUAUGCUCGAUGAGGUUACGGAAGUGGAAGUACCUAAGGGGGGUCUGUGUAGAUUAGUAAAAAGGCCAGAAGCGGAGGAAACGAAGCCCCAGCAAGAAGAGACACGGGACUUCACCUUCGAGGACCAGAACGACCCGGAGCGCCUUUUUCCCAUCUUUCCCUAUGUAGAGCCCAUUGGAUACCCCUACGCGAACGAGGUGCAUGAGCCGGAAGCCCUAUUCGACCAUACUGCUAUGGGACUAUUAAAAAAGUUGGACUACAUCAAGGGCAAGUAUGUGGGCAGGGCCAACCAACUGUGGAAUCAGCGGGAAAUCGUGGAUAAAAAAGACAAGAAAGGUACCAAAACACCCGCUCGGGCGAUAGAAACGGCGCCGGUCGAGGAGGAACCGGCAGAGAAGACGCCGACGAGUAAGACCCACAAACAUGGCGAAGUAAAGGUCCGUUCGACAUCAAAAUCCCAAGACAUUCCGGAAACUUUGUCGGAGGAAACCAUGGAAAUGCAGGACGUGACCCACUGGACCACGAAGUACAUCAACGAUGCGUCGCUUGACCCGGCAACCCAUAGAAUCACCUUCAAGACGGAUCGGCUGGGUAUCUUUGGAUUAGCCUUCAAGCGCUAUGAGCACUUUCCCUUUCGUGAUUGGUCCAUGCAACCAAAUGAGGAGAAUCCCGACGAGAUAAUUUUCACUGUUGACACCUUCCACGUGCGCAUCUUCUUCUACAUCACAACCCAAGGAGUUCGUGGCUAUGUGACCGAUCUGUCCAAGGCAUAUACUGCCAACCCAGUAAAAUAUCUGGUGAUUGAGGAGCCCAUAUCCGACUUUGGCCAGUUGCGUAAGCUAUUCAUAAGCAAGAACAUUAACAUAUUCGCCCAGAACGAUGCCAGUUAUUAUAUAGAAAACGGAUACUUCUCGAUGAAGCAUGUGGCCGCCGAGCACCACACCUAUAACAUCAUGGGUCUCCACUGCAAGCUUAUGAAGUUCUAUCGGUCCAGCUGGAAUCGUUUGGCCAAGCGUCGGGACAUCAUCGUGAACAUGAAGAUUGCCAAGGACACUUCCGACUACUCUGAGGUCACCCUUCGCAUUACUCCGGAGAAGACGACUUUUGUGCAGGUCUCCGAGAAUUGCUCGGAUGAGGUGAAUGUGAUUGUGCUCUCUUACACGGAAACUUGGCGUAAUAUAAGCAACUUCACCGAUAUGCAUCAAGCCGUCACCUCCAUGGUAUUUAAUGCCACAGAAUUGCGUAAUAAAGAUACGGUCCUCUUUAAUUACGUCACUCGAAUGCUGAAAGAGUUGAGGCCAUUGAGCUUUGCAUAGAGAAUAUGUAUAUAUUUUUCAAAUAUCCUAUAGCUUCAU